GAAAAAGUCGUCGUUCAGUCCUUCCAGCAAACACAUGACCAACCAGGCCUGAAAUCAACACAGACCCAAAUAGGGCUGCCAUCAUGAUCCGAACUCGGGCUUUUUUACUGUCUUUUGUUUUCUUUGCCUUCAGUUUUGAUAUAGUUUUUGGCCAGACGACAAGUUCAGCAACAAACUGCAUGUUAAAAUCCAACACAACUUGUGAAGAAUGCCUGAAGAAUGUUUCGUGUUUGUGGUGCAUCUCAAGCCAGAAAUGCAUUGAGUAUCCAGUGAAGAGCAUUCUGCCCUCUCACAGUGUCUGUCCGCUCUCAGAAGCUCGAUGGGGAGUGUGCUGGUUGAAUUUCCAGACUCUCAUCAUUACCAUCUCUGUGAUCGCGGGGGUGAUCAUCAUCGCCAUAUUUGUCUGCUGCUUCUGCUGCUGUAAAUGUGAAAACAUCGGGUCUAAAAGGAGUGACGAGCGAAUGGAGAGACAAGGUCACCUGAGAAAGUUCCGCCAAGAGGAGAGGAAAGCAGAGAUGAGGCAGAGGCAUGAAGAAAUGAGAAUGAAAUACGGUUUGGAAAAGGAUAACCCGUACUCCAGAUUUGAGAACAGCUGAGAAACUUCUGGUGAUGCUCCACUGUUGUCUUUUCUUUUACCUCACACCUGUUGUAAAACAAAAAGACCAGAUUUCCCUGCAUAUCCAGCACUCCAUUUUUCUUUUAGUUAGAAAGAUCCUAAAUAUACCAGUUACUAGCUGACCACACAAACAUACAUUGUUGCCUUUGGCUUGAAGUUUAAUUCAUUCACACUUGGAUUUUCAGUUAAUCAUCCAGCAAACCACAAAUUAGAUGUAUUUAUGAAGCCUUGUAAGUAUAUACAUUAAUCAACAAAUUAUAAAGUAUAGUACAUUCAACCAAAUUAAGUAAGACUUGUUGAUGAUCGAGUCAUCAUUGGACUUUGCCUGAUUGGUUGGCUGUACAUGAAAUUAAUUUUUUAUUUAGCCUCUUUUAGUUGUGUAGCAUUUUUAGUCUGAUUAAACUAGGACUUGUCUUUCAUAAAAUACACCACGUGCUAUAAUCCAGUGUGCUUUAUAGAUUUAUCUCCUACACAUUUCAUAUGCUUUUUAAAGUGAAAUUGAUUUGUCUCUGUCUUUGCUAGUGUGCUGGCAUUUCAAUAUAAUUUACCUGUGUGCUGCAUUUUUCAGCGUUUCGAUUACUAGUUUAUUGUAUUAACCAAAGGGUUGAUUUGUCAGUGCAAUUUACAAGUCAAAUAAACUGUUAGAAAGAAAACAAUAAAGUGAAUAUUGUA